CUUCAAGUUUGAUCUUUCUUUUGACUUUUACUUGCAAAAUAUAAAAUUAAAAUGAUCACUUCUUGUUUAUCAAUUUAAUAUAAAUUUGAGCAUUUCAUUCAAUUUGAGACACGUUUUCAAAGGCCCCUAGCUUUUUCAUGCAUAAAAACCCACUCUCCUUCAUCCCCUUCUCCCCAUAUGCAAAACUCCUUGUUGCUUUCCCUCAAACAAAGCAAACAGAAGAGUAAGAGAAGCAGAGGAUCACAUAUUUUCCUACCUUUAUUUGUACACACACAAACACAAUCUCUUAAACUCUUCUUUAUUUCAAGAUAACAAACAAGUUGAGCUCUUUUUGUUAGUCAUGUGUGAUUCCAACUCUAUGCCAUCUUCAACAUCCCCAUUUCUGUGUCCCACAAAAACCCAACUCAUAACUCCACACCCUAAACCAGAUGAUCAAGUAGAAGAUGAACUUCACAGAUGGCCUACUCCAAAUGAGGCCAUAGCAGAAAUCAAGGCAAUAGGGAAGAUAUCAGGCCCAACAGCCAUCACAGGAUUGCUCCUAUACUCAAGAGCUAUGAUCUCCAUGAUUUUCCUUGGCUACCUUGGUGAGAUGGAGCUAGCAGGAGGCUCUCUCUCCAUUGGUUUCGCCAACAUCACCGGCUACUCUGUCAUCUCUGGUCUAGCCAUGGGGAUGGAACCCAUUUGUGGACAAGCUUAUGGAGCAAAACAAUGGAAGCUACUUGGGUUAACACUGCAAAGAACAGUGCUCCUACUCCUCUCCACCUCCAUCCCCAUCUCAUUCAUGUGGCUUAACAUGGAGAGAAUCCUCCUGUGGACAGGUCAAGACCAAGAAAUAUCAUCAAUGGCACAAAGUUUCAUUCUUUUCUCCGUACCAGACCUUUUCUUACUUUCAAUUCUUCACCCUUUAAGAAUCUACCUCAGGGCUCAAGGAAUCACAAUGCCAUUAACAUAUUGCUCAGCUAUUUCUGUUCUGCUCCAUGUCCCUCUCAAUUUCCUUCUUGUGGUUCAUUUCAAGAUGGGAAUUGCAGGGGUGGCAAUAGCAAUGGUUUUGACAAACCUCAACCUCAUUCUCUUUCUUUCCUCUUUUGUCUACUUCUCUGGGGUCCACAGGGACACAUGGGUUUCCCCAAGCUUGGACUGCAUCAAAGGGUGGUCUUCAUUGCUUGCACUUGCUAUUCCUACUUGUGUUUCUGUUUGCCUUGAGUGGUGGUGGUAUGAGUUCAUGAUAAUGCUUUGUGGCCUUCUUGUGAACCCAAAAGCCACCAUUGCUUCAAUGGGGAUUCUCAUCCAAACAACAUCUUUGGUCUAUGUGUUCCCAUCAUCACUGAGCCUUGGUGUUUCCACAAGAGUGGGGAAUGAGCUAGGCGCGAAUCGCCCCGCGAAAGCGAGGAUUUCUAUGAUUGUUUCACUUUUUUGUGCUGUGGGUUUAGGCCUUGCAGCCAUGGUGUUCACCACCUUGAUGAGGCACCAGUGGGGAAGAUUCUUCACUAGUGACAGUGAGAUUCUUGAGCUCACAGCUCUUGUGUUGCCAAUUGUUGGGCUUUGUGAGCUUGGGAAUUGCCCACAGACUACAGGUUGUGGGGUCCUGAGGGGCAGUGCAAGGCCCACCAUUGGAGCAAACAUCAACUUGGGAUCUUUUUACUUGGUGGGUAUGCCAGUUGCAAUUCUUAUGGGGUUUGUGGGUAAAAUGGGGUUUGCUGGGCUUUGGCUUGGGUUGCUUGCUGCACAAGGCUCAUGUGCUGGGCUUAUGCUGGUUGUUCUCUACAGAACAGAUUGGAAUGUGCAAGUAGAAAGGGCAAAAGAGCUCACAAAAUCAUCAACAACAGCUCCCACUAUUUCUGCUGAUACUGCUAAUUCUAAAUUACCUACAUUCACAAAAGCUAAGGCUAACAUGAACAAGAUUAAUGCUCAUGCUUGUCUUGAAGAGAUUGUUAUCACUGAUGAUAAGGCUACCAAUACCAUUACCAAGGCAUGUUCACUUGAGACUGAUCCUCUGAUCAUAAACACUACCAUACACUGAAUAAUAGUUAACCACUAGUGUAGUAUGCUUUGGAUCAACUUAUUUUUUUUCUCAGAAUCAAUUCUGGCAUCCAAUAACUAGCAAUUGCUCACAAAACUUCUACCCAGAAUUGAUUUUGACUUCAGAAUAGAAGAUUUUUAAACAAGUUUUUUUAUUUAUUUAUUCUGCCCCCACUUUUUUACUUUUCAUUGAUUGGAUUGUACUCCAGGAUACCUCCCCCCUCCCCUACUUUGUUUAUUGGGCUACUUUAGGUUGUAUUACUAAUAAUAGCAAUUGAGAAAGAGAAGAGGACAGAAUGCUCCUUUAAAUUACUUACAUGUAGAGACCUUCAUAGAAAGAGAAGAGGUUGGGGGAGAGCAAAAGGAAUCUUUACCUUGUUUUGGUAAUUAUUUUCUCUAUAAUAGGCCAAAAAGCCCCAAAAAAGGAAAAUUAAACUCAUAUGCCGUCCAAACCUGGCAAUAAAUUGAUAAGUUCUGUGAGCAUCUUAUUCUUCC